UUUGUUUCAGUUAUAAUGGCCCCUUCAGCUCUGGACCGCCUAGCAUCUUUACAUAUUGAUUAUCCAAUGUUGAUUGAACUUCGGAAUGAUGCUGCUGAGCGGAUUUCUCAUUAUGGGGUUCUUGAGUUCAUUGCAGAAGAAGGCAUGAUCUAUAUGCCUUAUUGGAUGAUGGAGAACAUGCUCUUACAAGAGGGGGACAUUGUUCGUGUAAAAAAUAUGACUCUUCCGAAGGGAACCUAUGUCAAGUUGCAACCCAACACAAAGGACUUUUUGGAUAUCUCUAACCCAAAAGCUAUGUGAGUUGCUGAGUUUUUUGUUAUAUGAUAUUAGUUAGUGCAUAUUUGGUAUUUUGAGUCCGCUGUACUUUUUUUUGGGCAAAGAAAGGGAUUCAUGCAGUUGAUCUGAUUGAUUAUGAAUGUAUGCAUCCAUCAUCCCUUGUCCUGGUUUUGACACAUUUAUGAUAUUCCAUAUUAUGAUAGCUCAAUUACUACUCUGAACUAAAAGGUCCACUGCCGAUUCUCUAUGGAAGAACGGAGUUAAAAUGAAGGACCCUUGUAAGCUAGAAGAAGAAUAUAAACAACUUAUUAAAAUAAUAAUACAUGCUACUUUAUUGUUCUCUCCUUGUCAUGCCCAACCCUUGUUCCACAGUGUAAUAUGUAUGUGGUCUAUCC